GAUUUGAGGUUACAGUCAUUGGUUUGAGUGCCCGCUGUUGUGCUAAUCUACAAGUGUUUGUGUGUUGGUUUUGUGAUGUAUCACCAGCCUGUGCUGAAGAACAGGCGCACUCUCCUCGAGAGAGCAGAGAAAUUUGUCUCUGAUAUUUAUUUCACCGACUGCAACCUGAGAGGACGACUCUAUGGAGACUCUUGCCCGCUGGAAUCCCUCGCCUCCUUCUUGUCCCAUAAACGGAUCACAUUCACAGAAGCUUCCAAGCAGAACUUUGCACCUUAUCAAGUUGGCGAUACCUUUGGACCGACGUGGUGGACUUGCUGGUUUAAGGUGACCCUGAAAAUCCCUGAGUCCUGGAGAGGGAAAGAGGUUCAUCUUCUGUGGGAAAGUGAUGGGGAAGCAAUGGUAUGGAGGGAUGGACAGCCAGUUCAGGGCCUGACUAAAGAGGGUGAAAAGACCAGUUACAUCCUGUCUGACUGUCUGAAAGAUGAGGAGCCACACAGUGUCACCCUUUAUGUAGAGAUGGCCUGUAACGGGCUUUUUGGAGCUGGUCAAGGGUCCAUGAUUGCAGCUCCAGACCCAAACAGGAAGUUUUCUGUACAGAGAGCUGAGCUGGUGGUAUUUAACCACGAUGUAAGGGAACUGCUGACUGACUUUGAGAUGCUUAUUGACAUUGUGAAGGAACUGGGAGAGGGAGAGCAGAGAGGCUACCAGGCACUCUUCACUGUGAAUGAGAUGGUCAACCUCUGUGAUCCCUCUGAUCCAAGCUCCUUCUCCAAAGCAUGCAGUCUGGCUCACAAGUUCUUCAGCCAGAGGAACGGCGAAAGCCAACACACUGUCCAUGCAAUGGGUCACUGCCACAUAGACUCAGCUUGGCUGUGGCCCUAUGAAGAGACCAUUCGCAAAUGUGGCCGAAGUUGGGUGACAGUGAUUCGUUUAAUGGAGAAGAACCCAGAGUUUGUGUUUACUUGCUCUCAGGCCCAGCAGUUCCAGUGGGUAAAGUGCUGGUACCCUGGACUCUUCUCCCAGAUCCAGCAUUAUGUGAAGAAAGGCCAGUUCAUUCCAGUUGGAGGAACGUGGGUGGAAAUGGAUGGCAAUCUUCCCUCUGGUGAGUCCAUGGUCAGGCAGUUCCUGGAGGGCCAGCGCUUCUUUAACCAAGAAUUUGGGAUCCAUUGCAAAGAGUUCUGGCUUCCAGAUACAUUUGGCUACUCUGCCCAACUUCCUCAGAUAAUGCAGGGUUGUGGUAUUUCUAAUUUUCUGACACAGAAGCUAAGCUGGAAUCUAGUCAACACCUUUCCUCACAACACCUUUUUCUGGGAAGGUCUGGACGGAUCCAAGGUUUUAACACACUUCCCACCAGGAAAUUCCUAUGAAAUGAAAGGCAAGAUCGAAGACCUUGUGAAAACUGUGAAGAAUAAUAAAGACAAGGGUAGGGCCAACCACAGUGCAGCAUUGUUUGGUUUUGGCGAUGGUGGGGGCGGACCCACACAGCUGAUGCUAGACAGACUGCACAGGAUACAGGACACGGACGGGCUUCCUAAAGUCCAGACAUCUAGUCCUCACAAGCUUUUCUCUCAGCUUCAGGCCGACUCGGCUCUGCUGUGCACUUGGACUGGAGAGCUCUUUCUGGAGCUGCACAAUGGCACGUACACCACACAGGCACAGAUUAAAAGAGGGAACCGCCAGUGUGAGACCCUCCUUCAUGACGUGGAGAUAGCCAGCAGCUUGGCACUGUGUCUGGACAGCACAUUUAAGUAUCCUGUGGGAAAACUGCAAGAGCUUUGGAGAGUGCUUCUUCUAAACCAAUUCCAUGAUGUGAUCCCUGGCAGCUGUAUAGAGAUGGUUGUGGAGGAUGCACUUAGGUAUUAUGAAGAAAUCCGUAAUGAUGGUACUGCACUGCUGCAUGAUGCAUGUGGAGCCCUGGGGUCUAAAGGAGGCGGUGCUGGUGUGUUUAACUCUCUGCCAUGGGUACGCCAUGAAGUCAUCCAGAUUCAAGAUGGUGCUGGUAAACCUGAUCUGAUUCUGGUGAGAGUUCCCAGUGUCGGUGUGUCUCCUGUCAAAGACACACAGCCUGUGGCUCCAGUCUCUGUUGCUGUUCAGGCUGACGGCACUGUCCUCAUGGAGAACGGGAUUUUACGGGCUGUUGUAAACAAAGAUGGCACACUGGCUUCGCUGUGUUUGAUCAAAGCAAACAGAGAAGCCAUCUCUGACGGCUGUCAUGGGAACCAGUUUGUCAUGUUUGAUGAUGUCCCCCUGUACUGGGAUGCUUGGGAUGUAAUGGACUACCAUCUUCAGACAAGGAAGCCGGUGCUGGAGGUGGUGCAGCCUGCUCGUGUGGCGUCCUCAGGUGGGCUACGAGGCAGCGUCAGCUUCAUCCUCAGGAUCAGUGAUAAAAGCACUAUCACACAGGAGAUUGUCAUGGACGCCAUGUGUCCUUACAUCAAAUUCAACACGGAGGUGAAGUGGGCAGAGUCGCACAAGUUUCUCAAGGUGGAAUUCCCAGUGCGAGUGCACAGUCCCGCUGCUACAUAUGAGAUCCAGUUUGGCCAUCUGCAGAGACCCACACACAGGAACACUUCAUGGGACUGGGCCAGAUUUGAGGUUUGGGGUCACAAGUGGGCCGACUUGUCAGAGCACAACUUUGGAGUUGCGCUGCUGAAUGACUGCAAAUACGGCUACUCAGUCCACAAGAACACAAUGACACUGUCCCUACUGAGAGCACCUAAGGCCCCAGAUGCCAAUGCUGACAUGGGGACUCACCAUUUCACCUACGCAGUCAUGCCACACGCAGGAUCCUUCCAAGAUGCCUCUGUAAUCCAGUGUGCAUACAACCUCAACUACCCUCUAAGGUUAAUCCAGUGCACGCCUGACAUGGUGCCCUGGAGUGCCUUUUCCAUCAGCACUGAAGCAGUCAUCCUGGAAACUGUUAAACAGGCUGAGGACCAGGAGAGAGCAAUCGUAAUCCGACUCUAUGAGUCACAUGGGAGCAGAGUGACCGCAACUCUCUGCACCACCCUUCCAGUGAGGGAGGCAUGGCACUGUGACUUAUUGGAGAGACAGGACACCACCCAGCCAGCAUAUAUUACAUCAGAGGGAAUUACUCUGAACUUCACCCCCUUUCAAAUUGUGUCACUUCUCCUCAUCCUGUGAUUACCAGGUCUCAGGGUGCUCUUAUUUGGAAAACUGAAUAAAUGUAUGUCUGCUGGAGAGAAUGAAAUGGAGUACAAAUCAAGUCAAACCAACUGGUCCUGAAGGUAGAAUCUAGUUAAACAUUAUAUGAAUCAUCUGAUGCUGCCUUGUUGACAGUCUAUUAGCUCUGUCAGGUCUGUCAAUUUAAAAAUAGUUUGAUACUGAAUGAAACACAUCGAUUUGAGGUACACAUUGUUGCCACCAAAGUGCCAAAAAACAAUGGGAU